ACUCAGGGAACUAGAUUAAUUUUAGAUGCGUAAACUGUAAUAUCAGCUACUUUACAACAGGUGGCGGUAAUUAGGGCAGGUUGCGUUUAUACACCGUCCUCUUAAACAAGAGAAGAAGAAAUGGGCUACACUGAAGUACGUUUCUGAUUCGAGAGCAAGGGACCCUUGAUUUAAAAUACUGAGCGAACCGAUUUUCUGUUUUUAUAUGUGUGUUGUAACAAAAAGAAUAAAUAUUUCACAAAUCUGAAACUGUGUUUUUAGUUUAUCUGGGAUUAUCUAGCCCAGAUUUGCCAAGUCUAGGAAUUGCGGUUUUUGAUCUAGACAGUGUCCAAUAUAGUAUAGAAAAAGUCCCCCUUUCUCGCUUUCGUAAAUAAAAUUAAGUUUUCACCAGUUUGAAAGUGGGUUUCAAAUAGCGCUAAUGUUCUUUAACUACAAUGUCUAACAACCUUUCACAGCAGUAAGACGUGCAAAAAACAGAAUAGGUCGCUCACUACCUUAACUUAAGCUCCCCUUACCUUUCCCCUUAACUGGUGACUCGGAAACGAACUUCAGCGUCGUGCGAUCGAAAUGGCAGCGUAUGUGAGGAGCGUGAUAUGUCUUGUCUCCAGAGAACAACGUGCUUUUCUAACGAGGGGAAACGAUGUUGUAGUGGCAUCAAAACGGUAUGUGCGCGGACUGAGGAGGAAACCUGUCAGAGUGCUGUUUCCCGACGACGAGGCGGGUACAGUGGUGAAGACUGAGCCACAGUCUCUGACGGCAAAGCAACAUGUCAAGAGGGAGAAGAAGGAGGCAGGGGUCACAUCGUCUGCAGCAGAGCAUCUUGAAGAAAGUGGCUCUGUCAAGGCGAGGAGUAAUGUGCAGUCGGCUGAAAAACAUGCCCACAUCUCUGCUACUAAGGAUCGAGUUGAUGGACUGCGCUUUGAGAGGGCUUUUCCUGGAGAUAAGAGACUGGCGAGGUUAGUGAGCGUUGCUCGUUCUAGGACAUUUCGAGAGCACCAGGGUAAAAUCCUCCUGGAGGGCAAGCGUUUGAUCUGUGAUGCCCUGAAUGCUGGUGCCAACCCACAGAUGGUGUUCUUCAGUACAGUGGAUCGGCUCCGAGAGCUACCCCUCAACAAGCUGAAAAGGGCCACGCUAGUCAAAGUCAAGUUUGAGGACAUCAAGAUCUGGUCUGACCUUGUGGCUCCACAGGGAGUGAUCGCCAUAUUUUCUCGUCCGGACCCAUCACGGUUAAACUUUACAAAUACAGAUCAUUCAGUGCCACUGUCCCUGAUAUGCGACAACAUCCGAGACCCAGGCAACCUUGGGACUAUGCUGCGAUGUGCAGCUGCUGCUGGAUGCCAUAACGUCAUGCUCACCAAGGGCUGUGUUGAUGCUUGGGAGCCGAAAGUUCUGCGUGCAGCAAUGGGCGCCCAUUUCCGCCUUCCCAUCUAUCCCAGCCUGGACUGGGAUAAAAUCCAGAAUCAUCUCCCUAAACCUGUGACUGUCCACGUGGCUGACAGCAGCUGUGGCCCUGACAGAAGUAGAGAAACAGAAGAUUUGCAAGUUAAUAUGUCCCACAAACCUUCCAAAGCAGGAGACUACGGCUGGGUCAGCACAAGGCGUAGUCAUAGUAACGUGCGCUACGAGGACUAUGAUGCUGACUCUGACUUUGACUCUGAGGAUGAGGGACUUUCACUCCCCAUAGUGGACACCAAGCUAUACCAUGAGAGCUGGGCUCAGAGUCCCACUGCUCUUGUGAUAGGUGGUGAGACACACGGUCUCAGUCUAGAGUCAGUCCAGUUGGCUGAGAAAACCGCCGGUUACAGGCUCUUUAUUCCUGUCGUUCCUGAUGUGGACAGCUUGAAUUCAGCCAUGGCAGCCAGUAUCCUUUUGUUUGAGGGCAGGAAACAGCUGUUACAAUUGAUGCAAACAUCUGGAAGGAAAUGGAAAUCUAAAGUUGAGGGGCAGUUUUCAUGAUGUUCCCUCUAAACAUCAGUGUGACACACACCCUCUUUCUCUUGUAAUAAAACUCACAAUUUAAAUCAGGAAUUGCAAAGUGUUUGUUUGAAUUCAUGUCAAGUGAAGUGAAGUUUUUUUUUUUGUUUUUUUUUUUUAAAUGACUACAGCUAAAUUAUUUCAUGAUCAAGUAAUCUGAUGAUUCUCUCAAUUAAUCAGAAAAGCAUCAGCCCAAACUAAAGGAUUUUCAGUGCACUACCAUAGAUGACAAAGAAAUCUGUAAAUCCUGACAAAACCAGAGAAUGUGGCAUUUUUGAUUGAAAAAUUACUGAAUCAAAUAGUUGACUGAUUGCCUGAUGUCAUUUUCUCCUGCCUGUGUUGGCUUGAAAAAUGCUCCUGAACUCAAUAUAGGAAAUGUUAAGGGACUGUGUGAGAGUUAUCAGGGUAGGGAGUGGAGGCUGACUCUUUACGCUUCUUUUAUUUCUGUUAAGCACACUGAAUGACCUCUGUGUAUGAUGUGCUAUACAAAUAAACUCGUCUUGCCUUAUAUUUAAUUUUAUGAAAAAAGCAAAGCCUUACCCAUGGUUGUUCCACUCUCCCUUUGACAACAGCUGCAAUACCAUCCCUCCAGUGUCUCCAAAGAAUAUUAACGGCAAGUAAAACAGAAUAGUGAAAAAUACAGCCACUCGAAUAUUGAAAAAAGAACAGGAACAGCUGCUGUUCUAAAGCCUGAAUACAGAAAGCUCUUCUUAGACUUGAAAUACGUAACAGCUCUACUUAAGGCUUUAUUCAAACACGACGGCACAUUUACAGAAAGAGCCCCAGAAUUUAGAAUAUAGGGACAGACCAUUGCUCAGAUUAUCACCCGUUACUUGCUCGUACGUAUUUCUGUUUUAAUAGUUUGAUGUGAUGCGAGAAAAAUAUCCAUAAAAACUUUAAAUUGUC